CCAUGAUUGAAAACCUUGUGCGAUACUUUUCGCUGUAUGAUGGCUGCGACCAUAAGACUUUCUCACGCUCGUGUCCUACGUACUAGAUAACACACGGACCAACACGGUGCGCCGCAGCAAGACGUCGACAACAUGAUCCUUCUCGAGUCCCAUAAUCUCAUCAUUCAGACCACGCUUGCGGAGAAGAUCGCAAAGCCAUCGUCUCUCGAUGUUUUGUUUGUGGAUUUUGAUGGCGUGAGGUUUCAUCUAUCAACGCCAGAAAAGAAGUCCGUGGUUCAGCUUUCUAUGAAUAUCCGAUGCUGGGAUGAGCUAGUUGCAUACGGAGCGAUGCAGGUAUUACAACGGGAGUAUGGCCCGCUCAUUAAACAGCAGACAGAGCCAGAAUAUAACAUCAGUCUUGAAAUAGAUAUUGAUCAGGUUCCAGCCGAUGAAGAAAGCAGAGAAGCAUUCGUAAAGUCUAUCUCGCUGUUCAAGCGGAACGCUCUAGCGGCACCAUUCGAGCUCGCGUUUAAGCAACAGAAAGAGUUGGAAGCAUCAGGUGGUGCUCAGGGGCAGUUAAUGCAGAUCCACUACCGUGAUGAAGAAGCCAUCUACAUUCAAGCAUCGCCUGAUCGUGUCACCGUGAUAUUCUCGACAGUCUUCAGGGAGGAGACCGAUCGUAUUUUUGGCAAAGUAUUCUUGCAGGAAUUCGUGGACGCACGACGGCAGCCCAGUAUUCAAAAUGCCCCCCAAGUGCUCUACACGAACCGCGACCCACCCUUGGAAAUCCGCGAUCUCGCAGGUCUGCGGAACACUGAUGACAUCGGCUAUGUCACCUUUGUCCUUUUCCCUCGUCACUUUGCGAACGCCAACAUCUCGUUCAAUACGAUAUCACACGUACAGCUAUUCCGCGAUUAUCUACACUACCACAUCAAGUGUUCAAAGGCGUACAUGCACUCCCGUAUGCGUCAUCGAGUAGCCGAGUUCCAGAAAGUUCUAAACCGCGCCAAGACGGAGGUGGCAACAACCGAACGCAAAACUGUCACUGGCCGAACUAUGACGAAUCGGUGAGAUCGAUGGACGAGGUACCUUUCCUAGCGUCGUGUAACUUUAGUAGCAUAUUAGUCAAGACGUCUCCUAUAAAAUUUGACCCACUGCACAGCUAUGGUUCUCAGCGAAGGGACUCCAUUAUCAUUGGGAUCCUUCGUUAAGAACCUCAAACUGUGGUUUGCAGAGAAUUUAGAAACACCCACCAAAAUUUCUCCAGAGCAUCUGACAAAGUUGAUAUUCCUUCGUUUUCUCUCCAGGCAGGGCACAACCCGGAAUUGACAGUCACUCCUGCGGCAUCUUCACCACCUUUACUUGUAUGCAUUGACUUUCAUAUGCAAAUAAUUACUCGC